AUUUCACAGGUGUCGGAUGUGCUCCCGCGUUUUCUCCCUAACAGUGUGUUGAAAAGACCUUAUGAGAUCUUAAUAUUAUUUAUCCAAAGACUGGACUAAAGUGUAUAAUGCCAUAGAAAACCUGAAAAGUAAAUGAUAAGAUUAUGACUCUGAACAGAAAUAUGACAAUGACCUGUUCAGGGAAGUGAUUUUUUUUUUUCUCCUUUAUGUUCCACCAAUAACGAAUUAUGGGUUUAUAGCAGUCAUUACGACGAAGGGAAGAGUGAGACAGAGAAUUAAUUAAUUAAUUUAAAAAAAAAAGGCAGCCCGAUGGAACUGGUGAAGAGUCGAGGAAUGCAACGGAGCGGUCGGGCAGUGGUGGGGCUGGAUGUGAUCAGCCAGACGCUGCCCAGAGGCUACGGGUCACACAAAUACGACCAGCGGUACCAGCAAAACACCCACCAACCCCAUCACGCCCUCGUCCAGUCCAUACCGCCGCCCUUGCCCCCCAAACCGAGCAUCCAGACGCCCACGACCAGCUCCUCGUCGACCAGCCCACACAUCCGCUCCCCUUCCGUGCAGCCGCUCUCCGCCGAAGACCUCUGCCGAGAGUCCGUGUGCUCUUGCUGCCCUCCUGACGUGUGCUCGGGCGAGCCGAGCGCCCCUUGCACGACGGUCAACCCUUACCCGCAACAUAUCUACCCGAAGGUCGUCACCAGAGCUUGGGGCAGGUCGAGCGGCGGGGCAGAGCAGUGCGGGUUAUGUAACAUUCUGGUGCCCACUUCCUACGACUGCUCGGAUCCGUUCUGUGGCACUCGCGGCCGCCCUCCCGUAGGGGGAGGUGGAGGAGGAGGGAGUAGUGAGGGAGGAGGAGGAGGGGGGAGGAGGAGGAGGAGGGGGGAGGGGGUAGGAGGAGGAGGACCAUGUUCUUGCAUGCAGCAGAUGUACAGGAAUACCAGUCUAAGUGUCAACCCCACCCAAGUGCCAAAGGCCUCAUCAGAUUGUUCGUUACCAAGGCUUAUCAACGUGCAGGGCAACUUUGCCGCCAAUUUUACCGCUGCUCUGGGUCGACCCCCAGAUGGGUACCACCAGCACACUAGCCAGAGUUCUCAGGAUGUUGGGCCGAGCUAUGGCCACCACCAACAUAACCGUGCCCUCUCGAAUGGCAAAACCCAGCCCUCUGGGAGUCCUCGCCACGCAGGACCUCAGAGUUACCAAAAAGGCCCUCCGAUCUCACGGCUGAGUAGGAGCGUCGAGGAAUUGCCUAAGGACAUCAAAGACCAUAUACAGAAGUGCCGAUGCUCGUGCGAUCAUAUGGGUUAUGGCAGUAUAGCGAUAAGGACUACUACAGUAUCAUAG